GAUUCGACUAUCGCUUGGCCAUGGCCAUUCCGGAUAUGUUCAUUAAGUACUUGAAAGAGUGCACCGACGACGGGUGGAACAUGGGACACAUCGUGCACACUUUGACCAACCGCAGAUACAUGGAGAAGGUCAUCGCCUACUGCGAGUCACAUGAUCAGGCCAUUGUAGGCGACAAGACGCUCGCUUUCUGGCUGAUGGACGCCGAAAUGUACACCGGCAUGAGCGUCUUCACAAGUCCACAACCCUCAAUGUGUGUGGAUCGUGGCCUUGCGCUGCAUAAGAUGAUCCGACUGCUGGUCCUCGGUCUGGGCGGCGAGGGAUACCUCAACUUCAUGGGCAACGAGUUCGGACAUCCAGAGUGGAUCGAUUUCCCUCGUCCUGAGAAUGGCUGGAGUCAUCAUCACUGCAGACGACGUGGCUACGGCUGCACUUAUGCCUGCUUCCUGAGAAUGAUUGAUUAUAUUUAA